AUGAAGUUCCUCGCCAACAAUGAGAAGGCGCGGGAGGCACUUGGCAUACGGGCGGGCGAAAAGCCACUCCUUCGUCCCUUUCCCGGGACAAGAGCUGAUGUGAUGGACGGACUCAAACGCCUGAGAAUGCAGAUAUCUGGAUUCAAUACGGCUCUGCUUGUACAUCGAUGGACCGGAUGCAUCCGAUGGGGAUAUCAUACAGAGGUCCUCGAAGUCUUGGAGGGCGUCCCGUCGGACCACAUCAACAUCCGCUUCUUGAUCAGACCAUGGGACACGGCCAAUCACAAUCCCACGCGGGAACAUGAAGCCCCUCAACCCGGCAAGGAAGAGAACCCCAAUCUCGAUCCAAUGCGGAACACACUCCGAACACGAAUCUCCUCGUCCCCCGUCUACGACUGCCCCGGCGGGCGGAGAGGAACGCAAAAUCUGCUUCUAACACGGGACAUGUGA